AGUCAUACCUGUCUUGUGGCCUCCACGGAGCCUCAAAAUAAACCCUCCCUUCUUUCUCGAGGAGCUUCUCUACUGCUCUCUGUCUCUGAAAAAUGGCGCUUCUGACGAGGACCUCACGCCUGGCCUUGACCUCGCCGCAGAGAAUCGCGGCGCUGCACACGACGCUUCCAUCCUUAUCGUCGGAUUCGGCGGCGCCGGCGCCGUAUUCUCGCGCUCCACCGCCGUCGUCGACCUCUCCUGCCGGCCUCUCCAAGGCCGCGGAGUUCGUGAUCUCCAAGGUCGACGAUCUGUUGAACUGGGCUCGUCGCGGAUCCAUCUGGCCCAUGACCUUCGGCCUCGCCUGCUGCGCUGUGGAGAUGAUGCACACCGGCGCUGCUCGCUACGAUCUCGACCGAUUCGGUAUUAUUUUCAGGCCCAGCCCUAGGCAGUCCGAUUGUAUGAUCGUGGCCGGUACUCUCACCAACAAGAUGGCUCCAGCGCUUCGCAAGGUGUAUGACCAAAUGCCUGAGCCUAGGUGGGUCGUCUCCAUGGGAAGCUGUGCAAAUGGGGGUGGAUACUACCACUACUCCUACUCUGUUGUUAGGGGUUGUGACAGGAUUGUCCCUGUUGACAUCUAUGUUCCAGGUUGCCCUCCAACCGCCGAAGCCCUACUCUAUGGACUUCUUCAGCUGCAGAAGAAGAUCAACAGGCGCAAAGAUUUCCUUCACUGGUGGACCCAAUGAGGACCUCCAACCUAUUUCUGGUUAGCUCCUGAGCACACUUGCAUUAAAAUAAUAAAAUACAACUUUGGUAGCUUCCCCCUGGUUAAAUGCCUUAUGUAAAGGGAGAAAUUGCAUGGACUUGUUCUUUCUUAUCAUAGACCCGACAUGCUUUGCCUGUAUUUCAUGAACAAGCUUUUGUCCUUGGGAAAAUGUUUGAAACUGUGAUGCACUCUCUUAUCUACUCUGUAAUUGUUGAAAGCUGCCUGCGGCCUUUGAAUUUGUGACUAAAUAACAAUGUUUUGUCUGAAUUUGAGAA